CAAAUGCAAGCUGGCAACCGCUUAUAACUUAAAUUAGUUUUGGCUCCAACAGCUCAUUCUUAGACUGGAGAGUCCUGAAGGAGAGAACCGGAAAAGGAGCUAAAUGAUCCAAGUGAUAGAAUAGAAAGGUCCUGGAGUGGGACGGGUGUCCUUUUCCCAGACAAAAGCAAGCGAGGCAGACUCCACAGAGAGGGAGGACGAACGUGGGUCGAACAACAUGAAUCUAAAGACAGGAAACUCCUCAAAUGGCUUCACACCAGAGAUCAGUUUGGAUAAACUACACCGGAUGGCUGCAGAGCUGAUACUGCCUGGACGAUCCAUCUUGAGGCUCCUGAACACUGUUCUGGAGUUUGUUACAAACUUUCUGGCCCGAGUUUUAGGAAGCAGCCUGAUCAGAAGACACUUCCACCUGCUGCUGUCUGGAUUGGUCCUCUUUGGGCCUGUGCUCAGCUUCUGGGUAUCAAAGUAUAGCAUCUUUGCAAACAGCAACCACUACCUGUACAGGAAGUUCCUGAGGUCCACUUGGGGUUGGACCUGCAUCUUUACGGGCGCUUUCAUCAUCCUUCUCUCCCUCUCAGUCCGUCACUCCACCUCUCUUUCCCUCCGCCACCUCUCUCGAGUAGGCCUCACAGGUUUGCUCUGGUGGAGCUGUCAGCGCCUCCUGACCCUGCUGGAGGAUGCAGCGGGGACCUGUUACGAGCCCAUGACCCCAGGCCAGGACGGCCAGAGCCCGGCCUCCCCAGUACAGCCUCUGCUGCUCCUGCAUGAAGACCAGAACAAGGCCUCCUGCCUGAAAGCCCACAUGCUGUGGCGAGGCUACGAAGUCUCCCAGGACGUCCUCAUCCUCUGCUUCUGCUGUCUGCUGCUUGUCGAGGAAAUGUGUGUCUUUGGUCAUCACUUGGAGCGACAAAAGCCUCUGCAGAGGUCACCCGGGACCCCGCUGAGAGUCGUCUUCCUCCUGUGUGUUCUUCUCCUCCUUGUUUGGAUGUUUCUGCUGCUUUGUUUGCUUGCAUACUUCCCAAAGUUUCCCUCCCAGCAGCUGGGUGGAGCUCUGGGCUACCUGGGGUGGAGAGGACUCUAUCAGGGAUUGUAUAGACUCGGAUCGAGAUGGGGUUGUCCUGGUUUGCCCAGAGAGGGACUUUCUACCACGGUUUACACCAACAAACAGCCUUAGUAGUGUGGCACGCUUAAUGAAAAUGGUUAGAUUUUGGCACUGAAAUGUCCUUCAAAGCUUUGGAACAAACUUCCAAACCCUCUUUUAAGACUGCAUGCUGUAAAUGUGACAUCACGUUAAUAGUUUGCUUUCUUUAGAGGUCAAAAUUAGUCCAAAAAAAAGCUUAGAAAUCUCAUUCAGACAAAGUAAGUGAGAAAAACUGCUGCUUUAUUGUGUAAUCUGAACCAAAAUGCAGGCACAGUUAGAAAAAGAUUUCUGGGAGCAGGUGUAUCAUUACUUGAUGAAGAGUGUCAUUCUACACUGGUUGUUGCUUAUUAAAAAAAAAAAAACGA